AUGGGCGGACCUUAUAUGUCCAAGACGGCUGGAAUGGGCCUUCGCCCAACAGUUUCCCUCGACGUCCCGAUAUGCGCUGUCUUUCUCGCUCUAUUCCUCGCCGGUGCGGUCUGCCACAUGACCCUCUUUCGCCGCAAUCUAGCAAGAGGACACAAAUUCAUACCAUCAGCCAUGACAUUCGGUUUCUGCAUGUCGCGAAUCGUCGCCAAUGCUCUUCGCAUUGCCUGGGCUUGCCAUGGCUCAAACAUUAGCCUUGCUAUUGCAGCUCAGAUCUUCGUUGCUGCCGGUGUGUUGCUGUUGUUCAUCUUGAACUUGCUCUACGCUCAACGCAUGUUCCGCGCUGUGUAUCCUGUCCUGGGCUGGUCUCAAACUGUCUCGUGGGCUUUCAAGGCUCUCUAUACUCUUGUUGUCGUGACUAUCAUCAUGGUCAUUACAUGUGUUGUUCAGAGUAUGUAUACUCUUAACACGAACACCCUUCGGAUCGACCGCGAUAUCCAGUUGUACGGCCAGACCUACUUCGCCAUCAUCUCCUUCCUCCCCAUCCCACUACUGGCAGCAGUGAUUAUGUCUCCGAACCGAAAGCAGAUUGAGCAAUUCGGCUCCGGUUCGUGGAUCGCGAAAGUGCUCGUUGUCGGACUUGUUGCUUCGCUUCUCUGCCUCGGCGCCUCCUUCCGAGCUGGUACUUCCUGGAUGUCUCCUCGUCCGGUCACAACUCCUGCAUGGUACCACAGCAAAGCUUGCUUUUAUGUGUUUGAUUUCGGCAUUGACAUACUGGUCGUGGCUAUCUUCUUCAUCACGCGAGUCGACCAACGGUUCUGGGUCCCAAAUGGAAGCUCCAAGGCGCGCCAUUAUAGGGGAUCCGAGGAUAAUGAAAAGAGUAUGCAAAGGGGUAUCACUGGUAACUCAGGUGUGCAAGAUCUCGAAAGUCGAGACAGUAGUCUCGCUCGUGGAAUGAGUGGAGAAACCAAAUGA